AGUCAGUCUCUCCCUGUCGCUGCCGGAGAGUCUCUGCUUCCCCCUUCCUACGCGCUCUGCGGCGGUAGCCCGGGCUCUCCGGGGAGAGGGAGACGGAGACGGAGAAGGAGACGGACUGACUCAAUAAAGUUUCCUGAAACAACAACUACUACCAGAAAGGCCCAAGGUGGGGGGGACCCCGUUCCUCCCCGCCCCUCUCCGAAGCCUGAGGGACCGUUGCAGGUGGAGCGGCGCUGAGGGGAGCCCGGCUGCGGCGGCCGCCGUUGCCCGGGCGAGAGGCGCCUCGGCUCCUGCCCGCUCCGGUUCCGGCUCCUUCGGCGGCGGCGGCAGCUACUGCCGGGCGGUUCCUCCUGUCAACUGCGUGCGCCCGCGCGCCGCCCGGCCCCACAGCGCGGAGGGACGCCGCGUUCGACACCCCGGGCUCCUCGGCCCGCGGAGGGAGGCGGUGAGCUGCGCGCUUCCGCAUCAGCGCCGGCGGGGACUCUGGGAGCGCGUUGGGCCCGAACCCGCUGCCUGCGCGCGGUCCGCGGAGGCUGCACCAGGUGGGCCCGCGCCCGCCGGCCUGCCUGCCUUCCUUCCUUCCUCCCGCCCGCCCAGGAGUUAACAAAGCCGAAAUGAAGAGCUUCUUGCAGUGAAAGGAAAGUAGGUCGCACUCACUGAAAAUGCCUUUAAGGGACAAAUACUGUCAGACUGACCACCAUCAUCACGGAUGCUGUGAACCAGUUUAUAUCCUGGAACCUGGAGAUCCUCCUUUGUUUCAGCAACCACUACAGACAUCCAAAUCUGGUAUUCAGCAAAUAAUUGAGUGCUUUCGAUCAGGAACCAAACAACUUAAGCAUAUUUUAUUGAAAGAUGUAGACACAAUUUUUGAAUGUAAAUUAUGCCGAAGUCUCUUCAGAGGAUUACCUAAUUUAAUUACCCAUAAGAAAUUCUAUUGCCCACCAAGUCUUCAGAUGGAUGACAACCUUCCUGACGUAAAUGAUAAACAAAGCCAAGCCAUAAAUGAUCUCCUAGAAGCCAUAUAUCCAAGUGUGGACAAACGAGAAUAUAUCAUUAAGCUAGAACCCAUAGAAACUAAUCAAAAUGCAGUAUUUCAGUAUAUUUCAAGGACUGAUAAUCCUACUGAAGUCACAGAGUCAAGCAGUACUCCUGAGCAAACUGAAGUUCAAAUACAGGAAACCAGCACUGAGCAGUCUAAAACAGUAACAGUUACAGACACAGAGGCAGAAACUGUAGAACCUCCUCCUGUUGAUAUUGUUGCUGAUGAAGUUGCACCAACAUCCGAUGAACAACCUCAGGAAUCACAGCCUGACCCAGAAACUUCUGACAAUUCUGAUUUUGGUCACCAGUUGAUAUGUUGUCUUUGUAGAAAAGAAUUCAAUUCUAGACGAGGUGUUCGUCGUCACAUUCGAAAAGUACACAAGAAAAAGAUGGAAGAACUAAAAAAGUACAUUGAAACACGAAAGAAUCCAAACCAGUCCUCUAAAGGACGCAGUAAGAAUGUUCUAGUUUCAUUAAGUAGGAGUUGUCCAGUAUGUUGUAAAUCAUUUGCUACAAAAGCGAAUGUAAGAAGGCAUUUUGAUGAAGUUCAUAGAGGACUAAGGAGGGAUUCAAUUACUCCUGAUAUAGCAACAAAGCCUGGGCAACCUUUGUUCCUGGAUUCUGUUUCUCCUAAAAAAUCUUUUAAGACUCGAAAACAAAAGUCGUCUUCAAAGGCUGAAUACAAUUUAACUGCAUGCAAAUGCCUUCUUUGCAAGAGGAAAUAUAGUUCACAAAUAAUGCUUAAAAGACAUAUGCAAAUUGUUCACAAGAUAACUCUUUCUGGAACAAACUCUAAAAGAGAGAAAGGCCCUAAUAAUACUGCCAACAGUUCAGAAAUAAAAGUUAAAGUUGAACCAGCAGAUUCUGUAGAAUCUUCACCCCCUUCCAUUACCCAUUCUCCGCAGAAUGAAUUAAAGGGAACAAAUCAUUCAAAUGAAAAAAAGAACACACCGGCAGCACAGAAAAAUAAAGUUAAACAAGACUCUGAAAGCCCUAAAUCAACCAGUCCGUCGGCUGCAGGUGGCCAACAAAAAACCAGGAAACCAAAACUUUCAGCUGGCUUUGACUUUAAGCAACUUUACUGUAAACUUUGUAAACGUCAGUUUACUUCCAAACAGAACUUGACUAAACACAUCGAGUUGCACACAGAUGGAAAUAACAUUUAUGUUAAAUUCUACAAGUGUCCUCUUUGCACUUAUGAAACUCGUCGGAAACGUGAUGUGAUACGACAUAUAACUGUGGUUCAUAAAAAGUCAUCUCGCUAUCUUGGCAAAAUAACAGCCAGUUUAGAGAUCAGAGCUAUAAAAAAGCCUAUUGAUUUUGUUCUAAAUAAAGUGGCAAAAAGAGGCCCUUCAAGGGACGAAGCAAAACAUAAUGAUUCAAAACACGACGGCACUUCUAAUUCUCCUAGUAAAAAGUAUGAGGUAGCUGACGUCGGUAUUGAAGUAAAAGUCACAAAAAACUUUUCUCUUCACAGAUGCAAUAAAUGUGGAAAGGCAUUUGCUAAAAAGACUUAUCUUGAACAUCAUAAGAAAACUCAUAAGGCAAAUGCUUCCAAUUCACCUGAAGGAAACAAAACCAAAGGCCGAAGUACAAGAUCUAAGGCUCUUGUCUGCCUGGCGAAGCCGUCACCCCGCAGCGCCAACAUACUGCGUCCGGCCGCGCCUGGGAGCCGCUGCCCGCCCGCGGGCACCGUCACCACGCGCCAGGCCGCCGCCAGCUGCCGCGCUAAGCUCCGCGGCGCCGCCCGGGAGCGCCAGCACGCGCCGCGCGGCCUCGGCAAGCCCGCCCCGUGAGCGCCGCGCCCACCUCGGACCAGGGCGCCCGCGCAGCCCUGUACCUCAGGCGUCUCCGCCGCGCCCCUGGGGACCCGCGGAGCACCCGAAAGGCCACCGCCAGCAGCCAACUCCUGGUCCUCAGCCCGUUCCCAGACCUCCUGUCACUCUGUGCUCUAACCCAUUCUGGUUUAUCCCAAGCCCCUCAGGACUACGUGCCUUAGGGCCAGGGCCGGGGAUCGGUGGCCCCCGGGGCUGGUCAUUGCUGCUCACAGAGCAUGACUUCAUCCUCCCUGCCAUAACCCUGGCUUUGAGAAUCUGUCACAGGACAAGAUACCUUUUCCUUCCUUGUCCUAAUUUAUAGACUUCCUACUCCCAGUUUCUUUCAUUAUUAGUUCUUUGAAGAGUAGCUCUUAAUUAGUCUUUUCCACCUCGAAGUCCUGUUAUCAAGCUAGCUCCUGCCCCUCACUACUGCCAUGUGGGAGAAGAUUGUUUUAAUAGCUGCGUAUCCCCAAUGACGACGAAGUGGUUGACAUAACCUAGAGUUGUGUCAUGUGCAACUGUGAUUGAACUUAAAAACUCCAGCAUUCAGUCUCCUCCUUCCUGUAACUUCAUCUCCGACUCUUUCCUUUGAAUCAAUCCUUGCUCCCACUGUUCUAACCUUGUUAUUAUUAGAAACAGUAACCUCUUUGUAAUCUCGUCUGUGGUGACCACAGAAAUGUACCUCUCAUAGCUGCUCCAGGGAGCAUGGGUGACUGACGGUUCCCCUACCUUCCAAGGGAAUCCACUGAGAGGUGCUCCUUCUGGGCUAAUCCCAGUCAGUGACUGAGAGCAGGCUGUGUGCUGGUGAUGGUCCAUUCAUGUAGAAUGCAGGAGGCCCCUAAUGAGCGAUUUGGGCAUGGGGACCUCUUAAAACCUGGCUGGAACUUUCUUAGAACUGUGCUGCUUUGGUGUGAGGCUCUUGCCCAAUCUCCCUCUCCUUUCAUAGGUGGGUCAGACCUGCCUUAUGAUAUGAAGGCUCCCUGCCCCUGUCCUGCUUCCUUCUCUUUAUCCUUCACAAGUGUCCCAUCAAUAGAACUUGCACGUUGAACUGUGUCUUGUUGUUUGCUUUUAGGACUGAACUAACACAUUUCAGACAUUCCACUCCCUGAUUACCAUAUUCCUAUCCUGGGCUAUUUGCUCAUUGACAGCUAAUUCAUUAACCUCAUCUUCCCCCACUAUUAAUCAGUCCUUGUCUUGGAUGCAAUUUCUUCUCUAGCCUAGAUUCCAUGCUCCAUUUUCAUAAUCCCACUCUUUGAAAUGAAGUGCUCUCAGCUCUCAAACCUCAGUUUCUUCCAAGUUAUUUCCUGAGAAAAAUCUCAAUCCUUGUUAAACUAUACCAUCUACCUUGCAUGGGCCUGAUUUAGAUAACUGAACAUUUUCUUUAAGAAAAUCACAAAAUGUGCAAGUGCAAGGACCCGAGUUCGAUCCCUGGUACCAAAAAAAAAAAAAAAAGAAAAGAAAAGAAAAGAAAAUCACAAAACUCAAGCAACUAGUUUUUCUUUCAGUCCAUUAUCUUCAAAUCUAAAAUUCGUGCUGUUCCUACUAUAGUCUCAGUGCCCCUCUUCUAAAACUUCUUUUCAUAUGUUUUCAAUUUCUCAAAAUGCCCAGGUCCCCUUCUCCCUGUUUCCUUCAUAUUUCACUGAGAAAAUAGGAGUUACUAAGUACAGACUUCUGGUCUUCCCACAAGACUGUCCAUCCCAGCUACCUUGGAAACCACCUUCCUUUUUGUGACUGUAGAGGAAGUUUCAAAGGCCAGCCUUUCCUUUUGUCCUCUGAAUUUCACCCCAUACUAAGUUUUCAAGAAUUUUCUCUUUAGGUUUUCCCUUUCUCUUUUCCGCAUCAUCAGUCCCUUUCCCCUCAAUGGAUUGUACUCAUCAGCCUUCAAGCAUGCUCCUCCAGUAUCUUCAUUUUAAUCAGAUCUUCCCUCGUGCACAUCGUCUCCAUCUGUAGCCAAUUAUCAGCUCUCCUUUAUAAGUGCACUUCUUUGUGGAGUUGUCCUUUCAUGUUGUCUGUGUUUUCUAGUCUACUUUUCAGUCCACCAUGAUACAGUGUCCCCACUAACACACGGACAGCACCCUUGUUAAGGUCACCAGGCAUUUUCAUACUUCCCAGUCCAAAAGGGUGCUUUGCCCUCCAGACCUUGACCACUGUUUCUUUAAAUGUUUCCUCUUCAUAUCCAAGCCACUGUUCUCGCCUGUAUUUCUUCCUGUGUCACUUACUCCCUAGUUUUAUAGCCCAUCUUCUGCCUAAUAUUGAAAAGUUGAGGAUUCUUGCCUCCUCCCUGGUCCCUCUUUUACGUCUGUGUUCUUUUCCAGGUAACUUACAAAUUUUCAAAGACUUAAGUACCAUCUUUUUACUGAAAUGAUUUUCACAUUUAUGUAUCUCAGACCUUUCCACUAGGUUCUAGAAUCACAUAUCUAAUUGUUUCCUUAAUUUUUUCCUUUGCUUGUUUUGGAUCUCCCAAACUCAACAUUUGCAAAAAUCUAAUUUCUCUUUCUCAUCCCAAACCUCAUUUCCCUAUUGCAAUACAUAGUACCAUCAUUCAGCCAGUUGCUUUAGCCAGAAACCUGGGACUCAGCCUUGCUUUUUUUCAUGAGCUAUUCCUUACAACAAGUAGAUCACUUAAUUCACCAGUUUUUUAUCACCCAAAUAUAUCUUUAUGCUGUCUGCUUCUUUCCAAGUUCAGUGCCAUCACUUUGUCCUGAUCAGUAUGCUUUCUCACCUGAAUAUGGUGACAGUCAGUUCUACUUGGUCUGACUGCUACCACUCUUGAUCCACUUCAAUACAUUUUUGAUACAGUGGCAACAAUAACCAUUAUUAUAAAUUGAAUCAAGUAAAUUGUUGCUUUUAGGUUAAAAUCUAAACCCUUUCCCAUGGCUCAUACAGCCCUGCAUAAUCAGACCCUAACUUAUCUAACCCCAUCUAUGCUCCUCUCUAUUAUUUACCCCAAGGCAGCCACUCCUGGUUCCCCCACCAUGCCAAGAUCUUUUCUGCACCUCAGGGGACUUUGUAAAUGUGUUCUCUGUGCUUGAGCUGCUCUUCAUGGUCACCUGCUGCCCCAUCAUAAUGCAUCUUUUAGAUAAGCAGCAAAUAAAUAUAUGACAAAAUGUUCAGCACUUGGAUAUGUUUUGAAAAAGGCCUGCCCAGAGCACCCUAUGGAAAGUAACCCUCACCUCUCAAAUCAUUUGUUGUCUCAGUCUUUUGUUUGUAACCUUAUUUAUUUGUCUGUUUACUUUUUUGAGUGGUCUGUUUCCCAUCCUAGAAUAUAUGAGGGAAGAGACCCUGUGUGGAUGUGUGCAUUCUUCAGUGUAGUAUUCUCAGCCCCUCCAUGAUAGUUGGCACGUGUUAGGUGCACAGUAAAUAUUGCAGUAAUGUAUGAAUGCAUAUGCCAGUUUUUCUGUUAGGGGUUCACUUUACUGGUUAGUAAGAGUUCACUAUAUAUUAAAACCACUAACCGUUGUUUUUCCUGUAUGCUGCAGACAUUUUGCCCCUUCUCAGAUAUGUACCAACGUAAUUCAUGAUGUCUUUGAUAUACAGACAUACUGUAUUUUUCAUUUAGAUAAUUUUUUCAUGAAUCAUAUCAAUGUUAUAUAAAUAUCUGGCCAUGUUUCUUUUUAAUUUUUUUUAGAUUUGAAUCUUUACUCCAAAUGGAAUUUAUUUUUGAUAUAGAUGUGAUUAAGGGUCUAAAUAUUUAUUUAGUUGUUGUGUCAUCCCUUUUCUACUGUUUUGAAUAUCUCACAUUUAUCAAUUAUUAAAUUCUUACAUAUUCUUGAAGUGGUUUCUGGAUUCAUUGUUUGUUUUUUGGUAUUCUCUGUUACUGAACCUGUGUUAUUUAAAUUAUUGUCAUUUUAUUACUUGCUUUGUUGUGUAUUUAACUUUUCAGGGGUAUAAGUGUUACUCUUCUUUUUCAAAAUGUUUUUGGCUACAUUUGUGCAUUUAUUCUUACAGAUAAGCUUCAGCUAUAUUUUGAUCAAGUUUCAAAAGAAACUUUUGACAAUUUUUAAUGUUAUAGAUUACACUUUAAAAAUAGUAGAGUUUAUUUGGGGAAGAAUUGCUAAUUUUGUAAUACUAAGUUUCCUUUUCCAGAACUUGUCACUUGUCAAGGUUACUAAGAACAUCCUUUAUUUUAAUCCUCAGUAAUUUUUAAGUCUUUCAUAUUCCUAUUAGUUAUUAUAUUAGAUAUUUCAUGUCUUUGUUGUUGAGUGGGAUUUAAAAAAAAUAAAUGGUUGUUCCUUGGGGAUCAAGCAAUUUUUUUAUUUGGUAGCUUUUUGGAACUCUCAUUCAUCCUCCUUAUUGAUUCUUUUCCAAGUAGCCAGUCAUUUCAAAUGUAAUUAAUAGUUUCUCUUUUCCUUUACAAUACUUACAUCUCAUAUACUGAAUAAAUGGUGGUGAGAGUUUGCUCUUAUUCCUGACUUUUUAAGAAUGCCAAUAAUAUUUCACCAGCUUUUAAUGUUAGCUGUUGGACUGAAAUACAGGUCUUUAUCAGGAUUCCCAGUUCAACUAAACAUUUUAUUGAAAGUUGUUGAAUUAAACAUAUUCCAGACAACUAGAGAUUAUCAUUAUGGUUUUACUCUUGUGGUCUAUUAUCACAAUAAAUUAUGUUAAUAGGUUUCUCAGAAUUGAGUUAUUCUGCAUAAAAUGCAUCCUGUUUCAUCAUGGUAGUUUUUUCCUUUUUUAGUGUAAUGUUAAAUUCAUUUUCUUACAUUUUAUUUGAGAUUAUUGCAUUUAUAUUUAUGAAAAAGAUUGGACUGUAGUUGUGCAUUUUUGUAUACCACUUUAUCAGCUUCAAAAAAAUGAAAAUUUCCAUGUUCUAUGUUCUAGAUUAGAAUGUAUUAUAGGGAUAGUCUAUUUUUUUAAGUUUUGGAGGAACUCACUCAUAACACUAUUUAGACCUCAUGAUUUUUCAGGUUGAGUGAGUGGAAGAUGAUUCUCUGAAAACUUUCAAAAAACUUCUAUGGUCUUGGCCUAGACAGAUUACUAUUUCUUGAAUAUCAAUUUUAAAAUUAUAUUUUUAAAGAAAAUCAUGCAUUUUCAUAGAAUUUUAAAAGUUGAUAGCAGAUUUCUACAUAAAAUUAUAAUUAAUAUUUUCUCAUAUCUGUGGUUAUAGCUUAUUUCUCAGUUCUAAUCUUUUUAGUUACAUUUUUCCUUUCUUUUAUUAGACUUGCCAAUCUUUUUAAGGAACCAGUACUUAGAUAUUUUAUCAAUUUAUUUUUUCUAUUGUAUAUAUCAAUAUAACUUUUCAUCUUUAAUUCUUUACUUAUUUUUAUGCUUAUUGUUUUAUGAAUGUUUCUUUGUAAUUGAUGGUGUAGUUCAUUUAUUUUUAUUUCUUAUUUAAUAUGACACGUAAGACUAUAAGUUUACCUCUGGGCACAUCUUUGAUUGCAUCCCAAGAGUUUUGGUAUGUAGUCUCUCAAUGUUACUAUUUAAAAAUAAUGGAUUAUAAUUGCUGUUUCUAUUUCAUUUUUCACAUGUUAUUUAGGAUAGUGUUUUGAGUUUUGUUAUUGUUAAUCCUGAUUUCUUUAAUAAAGAGUAAGUUUAUUAAUA